AUGGGAUCCCGCGACCCCUCGACGUACGAGAGCUCAAAGGAGAUCUUCUCUUCGACUCUGACACUCCCUCAAAUCCGGUCCCUCCACAAAUCUCUCCAUGUCCAGAUCGAAGAGAAAUCUAGCCGUUUGCGCACGCAAGUUGGCGGUUCAUACCGAGAACUUCUGGGCACCGCCGACGCCAUUGUCCGGAUGCGACGCGACAAUGACGAGGUGCAGCAGGUUCUCGGCACCAUGGGCGGCCGCUGCGGGCGGACAGUUGUUACGUCCAAGGCUGCCAAUUUGAAAAAGUUUACGACCAAACAAGAGAGCCCAUCUGCGUCAGCUGCGACACGACUGCGCUUUCUAGAGGCGUGCGCGCUGGUGUCAGAGCGCAUUCUAAAGGGCGGAAGCGGACUCGCUGAUGGUACAACGAAGGGCGAUCGACUGAUUCUUGCAGCAAAGAUUCUCGCGCUGAGCAGGCUUGUUGUCAAGAGCUUUAGUAACGGCGCUGUCACAUCUGAUGUGCAAGCUUCAGCAGACGGACUGAAGAAGACUCUGGACACGCUUCGGAGGCGUCUCCGAAGGCGCGUGGAAAAGGUUCUUGAGAAGCCCGGCGACGAUUCACAACGGAUAGACAUCUUAAAGGCACUAUGCGUCCCAAGUCUCACGUCGAGCUCUGGUGCAAAGGAUGCCUUGCGUUUCUUUCUCGAAAUACGCAAGAAUGCCAUAACGAGAGCGUUUGAUGUUGAAGAUGGGGAACGAUUGCGAACGCUAGAGAACGUCAUGCAUGCUUUGCGCCUGUACACGCGAACACUACUGGACGUGCAAGCUUUAUUGCCGACCAAGCUUCCCGAAGCGCUGGCCGGUCUUAAGAAGCAUCCACUGGUCGAAGACGAAGCCCUGCAGCGCAUCGAGAAUCUACGACUGGAUAUUUAUGGGCGAUGGUGUGGUGAAGAAUUUCAGUACUUUACGCCAUUCAUUCGUCACGAUGACCUCGACGGCAAGCAGGCGCGCGAAAUGCUAUCCAGCUGGGCCGAGGACGGGUCUCGGUGUUUACUUGAGGGCUUGAAGCAGACACUGCAGGAAAUGACAGACUAUAAACAUAUCAUGGAGCUUCGCACAAACGUUCUUCAGCUUUGGAUACGUGAUGGUGGCAAGGCUAAAGGUUUGGAUCCUCAAGAAAUGCAGGACGAAUUACGGCACGUCAUCAACAGCCGCAUGCUUUCAGUCCUGGAGAACAAGGUAUCCAAGUUGCGACAGGUUGGCUCUGAAGCUAUAGCUACCCUCGAAGGUUGGCAAGCCGGUGUCAGUGACAAGCAGGAAGAGCUCUGGGAUCAGGCCGGCUAUGACGACGCGCUAGCUAUUGGUGCAGCGCCGUUCCUGCAAGCGGUUGUCUCGCGCUUAUACGGAAGAAACAAUGCCGUCUCCAGGGCAGUCCACAGCUACAUGUCUUGGUACAAGGUCAUCGACGAGAUCAAAGACGUCACGGAUGCGCUCAAGAAGCAGCGAUGGGAUAACGACUAUGACGAGGUGGAAGACGAGGAGACCAUUGAGGCAAGACAACAGGUGCUUGGCAAAGAGGAUCCUAAGCAGCUGCAAGACAAGCUUGAUUCUGCGUUGGACAAGACAUACAAAGAGCUGGACGCUCAUCUUGCGGAUCUGUGGGAGCAGCAUAAGCACGGAGAGCACAGUGGUGCCGUUGCGACCUAUUUCCUGCGUGUCAUUCGCGAUAUUCGAAGCAAGUUGCCCAAACGCGCUGCGGUGGAGAGGUUUGGACUGGAUAUGGUGCCCUCUUUGCACGCCAAAAUCGCGGAAGACGUGGCGGACGCUGGCAUCAAAGAUUUUGCAGCGUCGGGACUCUCUAUUCGUGUCGUCACCGGCAAGCCAUUGUGGGAGGGUGAGCCUGCCGUUCCCAGCCAGCCGUCAGCGGAGCUGUUUGGCUUCUUGCAUGGUCUGUCAACCGCCAUGCUGGAACUUGGCGUCGAUUUGUGGACUACUGGCGCCAUGACAGCAUUGAAGCAGAGACUCGGCGAUGGCCUGCGCGCUGCUUGGGCAAAGGAACUGGAAGGUUUGGCUGUCAAGGACCCUGCAGAGGACGCCGGCAGCAAGAAAGUAUCCAAGAAGAAGAGCAAGAAGGGCAAGGGUUCCAAGAAUGAGGGGAAUGGGAAUGAAAUGUCGGAGGAUGUCAAUGGGCAAGCAGACGAGGAGGAAGAGGCAGGCAAUGAUGAAGAGAAGGGCGCUGAUGACAAGCAGGCAAGCCCGGAACUGGUCAAAGACUUGUGCACGCAGUGGCUGUUUGACAUUGCUGUCUUGCAAAACUGCGUUGGAACUGACGAGGUCGCUGGAAAGAAUCUCGCGGCCGCGGCAGAGCAGGUAUUUAAGCACGCAGGCAUUAGUGACGAGUCGGCGCGCAAGCGCAUUUCCAAGCAAGCGGAUGAAUUUUGGCAGCGCAUCAGCCUGCUUUUUGGCUUAUUGGCAUAG